GUCGUAGACCCGCACACCCAUUUUGAGUUUGAAAAUCGCACUCAAUCUCUCACAAGAGCGCCAUGACCAAUCCAAUCGCUGAUACUCCGAACGAAACUCUAAACCCUAUCACCACCGAACAAUGCCCCGAACAACCACCACCGCCACCACCACCACCACCAAAUCCACAACCCGAUCCUCAUUUUUCUGAAACCCUAGAAAAUCCCCAAAUCCAAACCAUCCCCGAUCCCGAUUCCACAAACCCUAAUCACGAUCAAGAAGACACACUCAUGGAUGAAGAUCCGACCCAUCCCCAAAUCGAAGACGAUCCGGAACCCGAACCUCCAUCCCCUGCAGCCACUACUGUUCGCCGUGGACAUAAGCGGAAGAAAUUCGGAGGGAAGCGAACGGCAGCCCAGAAAAGAAAGUCCCACGAGAAAUUUGAGGUUAUUAUUCAAACCCUAAAACCUAUUCCUUUUGUACCUGAUAAAGUUCUUGACUUUGAGAGUCAUAAAAGCCUUUUGGAGCGUUUGGGGUUGUGGGGUUUUGUCCACAUUGAGUUUGAUUCUGUCAUUCGCAAAGAUCUUGUUGCUCAGGUUAUUGCUAGUUAUAACUCUACUCAAAGGUGUAGUUUUGUUAAUGAUGUUAAGAUCAUGGUCAACCGUGCUGAGUUAGGUCGUGCUUUUAAGCUUCCGAAGAAGAAUUCGGCUGCUGGUGGUUCUGUCGUUGAUGUUGGGGAACUUAGUGCAGAGGAUAUUGCUUUCCUUGAUGAGUUGGCGUCGAAUUGGAUGCUUUUGCAUGAUGAUACACAUAUCAUGACGAAGGAUGUUAUGCAGCAGUUGGGUUUGAUCAAGGAGGGAAAUUUGGAGAAGAUGGAUUGGGCUGGAUUGAUGUGGAGCAUGCUGGAGAAGGAAUUGAAGGCCACUCAUCUGGAGGAGUGUUACUAUGCAUCACAUUUGCAGCAUUUGAUUAAGUCGCAGCACAAGGAGUUGUUCGAGGAAACACUGGUGGUGGAGGUGGAGGGUGAAGGAGAAGAGGGUGUGGUGAAGGAUGAGGAGGAAGAGGGUGAGGCGAAAGAUGAGGAGGAAGAGGAAGAUGGGGUGGUCGUGAAGGAUGAGGUGGAUGGGAGUGGUGAUGUGAAAAUGGGUGGGGUUGAAGAGAAUCAGGUUCAGGAGUUGGAAGAACACAAUAUUGAAUUGAGUCUGGGGCAAGAUAAAGUUGAGACUUUACCGGUGGAAAAAGAGCAGGGGGAAGGGGAACAAAUGAUGGAUUUUGAGCAGUCUAAGAAAGAAGAAACGGAGAUGUGGUUUCUUGGUCAGAAGAACUAUGUGGGGGAGCCCUCUUUGAGGCCGUGUCAUAACAGGGAUAGGAAGGGUAUCGACUGUGAACAAGUGAAAGAGGAUGAGGGAGAAGAAGAAGAGCAUGAGCAAGAGGAGGAAGAGGAGGACGAUGUUGAAGAAGAUGAGCAUGAUGUUGGGUUCCAUUUUUCAACGAAGCAUCAUUUGGAGGGAAUGCCUUCUGGGACCGGUAGUUCAAUUCAAGCAAUGGAAGCAGUGCAGAUGCCUUUUGGUUCUGGGAUUCAUCUUCAUGAUAGCUCGGUAGGAGAUUUCCUCUCUGCUAGGGAUGAUCCUCAGAUGAUUCAUGGCUCGUCACUUUUUGGUAAUGGUCACAAGAGAGACAUUGGUCUGGAUAAUCAUAACUCUCACCAUACCCUAAAUGGCAGCAACAAGCGUUUGAGAAGUGAUAGCCCAUGGAGUUCUCAACCAAUUGACUUUGAAGGAUGCAUGGAACAGAUGCAACAUUUCAUGGAGAAAGCUAGGAUGAUGUAUGCAUCAAAAGAUCAGGCUGCUGAAGAAUCUGCAGCAAAUCAACAAGUUUUGCUUAAUGAGCUACAGAGGAGGGAUGAAAUGGUUGCCCAUUUGCAGAAAGCAAGGAUUGACCAGACUCAGAAAACACAGAUUGAGGUAUAUCGGCUUGAGAAGGAACUUUAUAUGAUGCAAAGCCUUGUGGAAGGCUACCGAAAAGCUUUGAAAGAAACACAAAAAGCUUUUGCUGACUAUAGAGCACGUUGUCCGCAAGCUGAUGAGCCACUUUACAAGGAUGUUCCUGGAUCUGGGGGCCUCGUUUUGAGUGUGAUGGAUCUGGAAAAGGAACGCCUGAGGAAGGAAGAAGAGGAAAGGAUACAGCUGAGAGAACUUUUAAGAGAUUUCGAAAAGAACUGUAAAGAUAUUGAGGAAGAGUGGCUUGGCCAGGUGGGUAUACUGAAUGAACAUCUAAGCAGAGUUGAAUCCUUGAGUGACAAGUUGCAGGCUCUUGACGAAAAAGUAAAACAUUUGAAGGAAGUGAAUGCAAAAGGCAAGAUUUCUGAUCCUCUUGAAUCAGUUGAAUGUGCUCCAGUAAGCAAAGCAGAAGCUGCUUAGUAAUAAAUAUUUAGCUUUUCCAUUAGCAUGCAAUUAAAAUCAGUCCACACUGAGUUCAAGGCCCCAGUUUGUAUGUUGAUAAUGUACAGGGCUUUAUUUUAAAAACUGAGACCUUAAUUUCUACCUUGAAUUUGUGGUUAUUUUCUUUCCUCGUUUUGCAUCUAUCUUGGGUCCAACCUAAAUUUCUUCCUUAAUUUCUAUUUGAUAUGUUACUUUUUCUUGACAAA